UCAGGUCAUUAACUGCAUUUUAAUUAUGAUGAGCAUUUGGUUUGGAGCAGAAGCUGGCGCGCCCUGACUGAAGAAGGACUACACCUAAUCUAAAGGGGGGGUAAUCACAGUUCAGCUUUUGAGUGAUUCAACAAUACAGUAGUCUUCAUACUUAUUUAACGUUAGACUCAUUAUAGAUAAACACUUGUCAAGAAAAAUCACGAACAUUUUAUUUUUAUUUUUUUAUUAAUCGUCAAUUGAAGAUGGCAGCAAUCUGCUGGAGAAGAGUUGUUGGGAUUUUGGUUACAAUAUCUACUUUAUCGUGCGAGGUAUGGACAGAUGGCAGUGAGGGGGCUGUGUUCCUCCGAGAAUUCACACUGAUCCGGAGUGAUACUCUUCAAGAGGAAUCCCUGUCGGAAAUCUUGGCCAAUCACAAGUCGGAAGAUCUCAGCUCACGGACUGCCCGCUCGGAGGAGGACAGGGACUCCCUUUGGGAUGCCUGGGGCCCCUGGAGUGACUGUUCGAGGACCUGUGGGGGUGGAGCAUCAUACUCAUUACGACGAUGCCUCAGCAGCAAGAACUGUGAAGGGCGGAAUAUCAGAUACAGGACAUGCAGCAAUGUGGACUGCCCUCCGGACUUGGGUGAUUUCCGCGCCCAGCAGUGCUCUGCCCACAUUGACGUCCGGUACCAGGGGCAGUAUUAUGAGUGGCUGCCUCUUUACAAUGACCCCGAGAACCCUUGUGCUCUCAAGUGCAAAGCUAAAGGAACAUCACUGGUGGUGGAGCUGGCACCUAAAGUACUUGACGGCACCAGGUGCUACACGGAGUCAUUGGACAUGUGCAUUAGUGGCACUUGUCAGAUUGUUGGCUGUGACCAUGAACUGGGAAGCACCGCGAAGGAAGAUAACUGCGGAGUGUGCAAUGGAGACGGCUCUACCUGCCGGCUUGUCCGAGGACAGUAUAAAUCCCAGCUCUCAACAAGUAAAAUGGAGGACACUGUCAUUGCGAUCCCGUAUGGAAGUCGACAUGUCAGACUGGUACUGAAGGGACCUGAUCACUUGCAUUUAGAAACUAAAACUCUACAAGGUCAGGAAGGAGAGAACAGCCUCAGCACUACCGGGUCCCACCACAUUGACAACACAACUGUGGACUUCCAGAAGUUUCCAGACAAGGAGAUACUAAGGAUGAGUGGCCCUCUUGGUGCAGACUUCACUGUCAAGAUCCGUUACGUCAGUGCCUCAGACAGCAUGGUCCAGUUCAUCUUCUACCAGCCCAUUAUCCAUCGCUGGAGGGAAACGGAUUUCUUUCCAUGCUCAGCCACUUGUGGUGGGGGCUACCAACUGACCUCCGCUGAGUGCUUUGACCUGCGCAGUGGACGUGUGGUAGCUGACCAGUAUUGCCACUACUACCCUGAAAAUGUCAAACCCAAACCAAAGCUACGAGAGUGUAACAUGGACCCCUGUCCAGCCAGUGACGGCUACAAGGAGAUCAUGCCCUAUGACCUCUACCACCCCCUACCACGAUGGGAGAGCAGCCCAUGGACGGCUUGCUCCAAAACUUGUGGCGGGGGGAUCCAGAGGCGCUCUGUGUCCUGCGUGGAGGAGGACAUCCAGGGCAACAUAACCCCUGUGGAGGAGUGGAAGUGCAUGUACACCCCCAAGAUGCCAAUCAUCCAGCCCUGCAACAUCUUUGACUGCCCCAAGUGGCUUGCACAGGAGUGGUCCCUGUGUACAGUGACGUGUGGCCAGGGCCUCCGCUACAGAGUGGUGCUCUGUAUCGAUCACAGGGGACUGCAUGCGGGAGGCUGCAACCCUAAGACCAAGCCUCACAUUAAAGAGGAGUGCAUCGUCACUAUUCCCUGCUACAAACCAAAAGAGAAGCUCCCGGUGGAGGCGAAGCUGCCCUGGUUCAAGCAGGCUCUGGAGCUGGAGGAGGGAGCAGCUGUGACCGAGGAACCCUCGUUCGUCUCUGACGCCUGGUCCCCCUGCAGCAGUACCUGCGGGAUUGGGAACCAGCGACGGAGAGUGAAGUGUCAGGUUCUGCUGUCCUUUUCCCAGACCGUGGCAGACCUGCCUGAUGACGAGUGCGAGGGGCCCAAGCCCCCAGCCAGCCGGCCGUGCUACAGUAGACCCUGCGGAGGAGAGAGGGAGGACCACAGCCCAGAGGAGCAGGACAAGGUUCUGCUCUUCCAGCUUGACGACGAUGAUGAGCUCCACGACUGGGAGUAUGAGGGCUUCACCGAGUGUUCCGAAUCCUGCGGGGGUGGGUUGCAGGAGGCGGUAGUGAUCUGCCUGAACAAGCAGACGAGAGAAGUGGUGGAGGAGAGCCUGUGUGUGAGCCAUCGACGCCCCCCUCAGCUGCUCAAGGCCUGCAGCAUGGAGCCCUGUCCACCAAGGUGGGAAACAGGAAAGUGGAGUUCCUGUUCCGCCACCUGUGGAGUGGGCCUGCGGACCCGGGACGUGACGUGCACCCACCUGCUGUCCAGAGAGAGCAACAAGACCGUCACCCUUAGCGGUGAGAAGUGCCGGCCGGCCAAGCCCACCCAGGUGCAGGCCUGCAACCGCUUUGAUUGCCCGUCCGCCUGGUACCCACAAGACUGGCAGCAGUGUUCCCGCAGCUGUGGAGGUGGUGUUCAGACCCGGGAGAUUCUCUGUAAGCAGAGACUGGCUGAUGGCAGUUUCCUGGAGCUGCCUGAAACCUUCUGCUCUCCUCCGAAUCCAAUUACCCAGCAACCCUGUGAGAACAGGGCAUGUCCUGCAGAGUGGGGGUCUCUGGAGUGGUCACAGUGCUCUGCAAGCUGUGGAGAAGGCACCCAGGUUCUUCCAGUGGUCUGCAGGAAGAUGGAUGAAAACGGUCAAUAUGUGACCCUUGACUCUUCAUCCUGUUCAAAUUUACUUCAGCCUUCUUCUGUCAGACCCUGCUCACUAGCAUCCUGUGCAAGAUCUUUGAAUCUUGGCCAAAAACUGGCUCCACACAUAAUAACUUCGAGGAAAGUUUACAUGCAGUUCAGAAAAGAGAGAAAGCUGCAGUUUGUCAUGGGUGGAUAUGCUUAUCUGAAACCAAAAACCUCCAUCGUUCUAAGGUGUCCUGUCAGAAGGUUCCGGAAAUCUCUAAUCAACUGGGAAAAGGAUGGCAUGCCCUUAACCAGCUUACCUCACCUUACAGUCACUCCAUAUGGAUAUAUUAAAAUCCACCACCUCAAGCCAUCUGACAUUGGGACCUAUACAUGUGUGGCAGGGCCAAUGAGGGAGAGCUUCAUUGUCAAGCUCAUUGGUGGUAACCAUAAGCUCAUUGCCCCACCAUCUGCAGCAAAAAUUAAAAAGUCAAAAGACAAGCCAUGGUUGAUAUCCAAUGGUAGGACAAUUACAGAAUCCUUGGGUAAUGACAAAACAUGGGUCUUCCGGGAUCACUUUAGCCAGUACGACAACAUUGUUCUACGACUUCUUGAGAUGAAAGGGCUGGCUAGGGAGAGCCCAGACUCUUGGGAGCUGCAGGAAUCAUUGGAGAGAAACAUCUCCUUCUCUGAGGAGGACCAUAGCCUGGAGGCAACAGCUCCACUGACCAUGGUCGCCGAGCAAAGAAGGCUGGAUGAGAUCAUCAAGAAUUUGUCCGCACAGCCCGAGGAGCUCAGGGGCAAUUAUGCCGACCGUCUCCUCACCCAGCUGUUGGCGGAGGUUACAAAGAGCCAGGCUGAGAGCAACGAGUCCACCAUGAGGCAUCACGAAAAAGACGACUCCACUUCACUGGAAUCUUUGAUCCAUAAAUCUAAUCCUGGAACCCCAAUCACACCACAUAGAGAUUUGUCAAGCUCUAGCGAGUCUAUGGGGCACCCCAGGCAGCAUCUAAGGGCUCCUUCAAUUGUGACGAAGACACAUGCUCAUCUGAAACAACACUUGUCCUCUCCUGAGGUUGUUGUCCAUGUUGGUCACACAGUCCUCCUUCGUAGCUGGAUUAACCUCUUGGUUGUCAAGUGUGAAGCUGUAGGGAAUCCAGAACCAACCAUUAGCUGGUCUAAGAAUGGAGAGCAGUUGAAAGCCAGCAGUAGGGUUGGAAUGCUCCCAGAUGGAUCCCUGCAGAUUUUUUCACCCAGUGAGACUGAUGUGGGAUUCUACACAUGUACUGCAAGGAACAGUAUUGGCGCCACUGCCCUCUCCUCCACUAUCACACUGACAGGAAAGCCACUGAUCCAGGGUUCCAAAGGCGAGCAUGUGAUCCUGGACUUGAGCUCUGUGAGUGUAGUAGAUGUGGGAGGCAGAGUUAAGGCCCGUCUCGGUGCCAACAUCACCCUCAGGUGUCAGGCUGAAGGCAUCCCUAAAUCAAAAAUCUCCUGGACAGUAGUGAAUGGCAAGUCUGUCCCCAACCACUAUCAGUCAAAGGAUGGAUCUCUGCUGAUAGUGAACGCUUCUCUGCUUGAUCAGGGGCGAUACACCUGCCAGGCAGCGAAUCCUUAUGGACAAGUAACUGAAGUAACACAGCUUCUCUUGCUAGAUCCCCCACAAGCCUUCCCAGAGUCUGAAGACUGGGCUGUGGUGACCUCAAGAGCAGGCCCUGGAGUUCACAGCCUCCUCGUUACCACCACUGGGACCAGACUAGCGCUGAGUGCAGGGAGCCCCCUCCUCGUAGGUUGUCCUGUGAAGGGCCACCCCAGACCACACAUCUCCUGGUUUCUCAACAGCCAGCCUCUAGGCAGUGCAGCAGAAACAACACAUCAGCUCCUGGCAGAAGGGCAGGUCCUGCGACUUCCAAAUGUUACCAAGCACCUUCAUGGAGAAGUGCGCUGCCUGUCCGAGAACGACGCGGGCACGUUACAGCAAAGGGCAGACUUAGAUAUACGAGACUAUGAGUGGAGGGUUGAUGACCUGAUGCCAUGCUCUGCUCCUUGUGGUAACAAAGGCACCCAAUAUCCGAGACUGAAGUGCCUGUGGGACAGCCUGGAAGUCAACCGGUCACUCUGCAGGGACAAGCCUAAACCUGCUCUGAAACCAGUUCCCUGCAAUAUCAAAGACUGUCUUCCCAGGUGGCUAGUGACACCCUGGUCUCCAUGCUCACAGAGCUGUGGAGGGGGCAUGCUGAGCCGCAAAGUCACCUGCAACAAGGUAACAGCUGCUGGAAUCUCUGUGACCCUGAUAGAAGUGAGCUGCACCCUUGCUGGCAAACGCCCAGCAGACAUGCAGCCGUGCAACACUCUUCCCUGUGUGGAGUGGGCCACGUCCACCUGGGCGCAGUGUAAUGGCCAAUGUAUUGGACUAAAACAAGCUACACAGCACAGACAGGUGUUCUGCCAGGCAAAGAAUGGUACUGUGAUGACGUUUAAUCAGUGCAGUAGUGUGCCCAGGCCACCCAGCACCCGGAGCUGUACUUCCGAGGCCUGCAAUGUGCAGUGGCAUGUGGGCUCUUGGACUCAGUGCACAGCCACCUGUGGGAACUACGGCUUCCAGUCCAGGAGGGUGGAAUGCGUACACCUCCAGAGCAGCAAGGCCGGGAGGGAGCAGUUCUGUUCCUGGAGACAGAGACCCGCCAACUGGCAGCGCUGUAACAUCCUCCCCUGUGAGAAAUUAGAGUGCCGGGACACCACCAGACACUGUGAGAAAGUCAAGCAGCUGAAACUCUGCCAGCUCUCCCAAUUCAAGGUGCGCUGCUGUGAGUCAUGCAAGGACACAUGAGGGAAUCUGCUUGUUCAGUUCUGUGGGUGAAAAAAAAGACAUAGAGAGAUGGAACCUUUCAGACAAUACAGAGGCAAUGACAAUGGGCUCUUCCACUAGGCUGAUGAAACAGUGCUAGGGCAGAAUCAUUACUCUCUCCUUUGCUUUGGAGGGAUUUGGGGGGGGUGGGGGGUGGUAACCAUGGAUCGAGGAUAUUUUUAUAUUAUUGUAAAGAACAAAUAUGACCUGAAGAACCGUUGUGAAAAUGGUGAAGGCCAGGGAUCCAGCAUCCUUUCUCAAACUAAUCCACACUGUGACUGAGCUGGAAUCUGGGUUUUUUGAAUUGCCUGUUAAAUUCACGGAUGGAGCUGAUAUGCUGUAUGAGCAGAAGGUUAAUGAUAUUUGCUUUUAGGGUAAAAGGUAUGACAGUAUUAACCCACUAUGGGCCUUAUUCCAUACCCGCCAGCAUUGCAUUGCCAGUAAUAAACAGGGGUUCAAAAUUUGAUCACAACUGUUGGUUUAGUCCCGGACCAAGCUAUCCCAUGCUGAAAUACAUUGUGCCAAGGUAAAAUUUAAUUAUGAAGAAACCCAAAGCCAGAGGGAACUAAAUUUAGAUAAAACAAAUCUGUUUGGAACCAGUCCAAGCUAUGAUAGUGUUUGGAAGGAGAGGAGAAAGAAGCAGCUUCCCACUUAAAUUAAUAGCCGAUAUAACAGUGAUGUCUCCUAGAUUUUCUGGUCACACACUGCCGUCUGACUACAGAAUCAGGCAUCUAAAAGGUGUCUGCUAGGCAGGCGGUUAAUUUUUGACAGAUGUAUAAAGCUAAAUUUUAUUUGUGAUUACAACCUGAUGUGCCGUUUACGUAUACAAAAUAAUUUCAUUUUUGGGUCUUUCAGUGCAGUAAUGACGAUGUAUUUUGAGUUGUGUAAACUGAGCACUGCUAAAAAUAUAGUCACGUUGUCUGAUUUGCAUAUGUCUGGAGGAUUCUAGUUAAUCAUGUGCCUUAUUUUUCGGAAUAGAGCUGUUUGUUGUAAUUAUAAAAAAUAUGUUUUUUUUAAGCAUGCAUGGUUCAUUAACAGUUAGUGUUUCAGCAGAAAUCAUUUUAAACUUGUUUGAUAUGGUAUAUUUCUGUCACGAGUGGGAUCGGUUUGAUUUGUUAGUUUUUCUGCAUUUGGUGGAUGUUUCUCUAUGUAGAGAUUGUGUAGCAAUAACACUAACUAAAUAUACAGAGAAUUUCUUGUGUCUGGUUGGGGUCUACCCAGCAGAAAUGUUGUGGUCAUUGGCGCUUUCAUUUUUCUAUAUUCAUGCAGAUAUAGCGUAAAUACAAUAAUCAGCUUAAUCAGUUAGAAAGCAGUUCCCCACAAAUCAGUUUCUGACAGCUCUCUGCAGAUAUGUACAAGAGGGAGCCUCGUACUGUAGUGCUCCUCUAUUAACUUCUCCUAAAAUAUUGUGUUUUAAACAUUUAUAUUUUGAAGGCCAUCUGCACCAAUAUUAACUAAACACAGAAGCACCUGCAUUCCCCCUCCCCCCCCCCCAUGUAUGAACAUAUAUCUCUGCUUUUACAUUGCAAAACUACUAUUGUAUUAAACUCUCCAUAACUGAAGUCCUUUUGCGGGCUGGUAUAAAUAAAGUGUCCUGGAAAAGAUGUACAAACUGAUGCCAGGAAAACAGUUUGUGAGAAAUGAUGUAUGUGGCAGGGAAUAUUCUCCUUUUUGUAAUGGGUCUCCUGUGUUUUGUAAAUAAUUUAAUGAGAAAUGUUUUUUGUUUUGUUUUACCACAUUGUAUCUAUUUAUUAGAUUGUCAAGUAUAAAAAGUGCAAUAUUGUGAUUUUUUUUUACCUUUUUGGUUGUUGUAAACUUCUUCCAUUGUUUUUAAAGCACUUCUGAGAUGUUCUGCUGACUUAUUACUGUUUCUGAUUCACUGCUUCCUCCCCAAAAGCAGCUUACAUAUUUGCAUUCCUUUAGUAAAUGGGCUGGUCCGUGUGUACGUACCAUACAAGGGUUUUCAUCAGUCUUUAUUCUUUACACAUCAAGAGUUUUUGUAACACUGGUCACAUUGACGGUUCAAGCUGUCUGACUGAGUGGUUUAAUUACAGCAUGUGACAAUGAUCUAGCAACAUGUCUUUUCCUGCAAAUAUAUUUAUAUGAAUACUUUUUAAUACAGCUAUUUAUUAAAAUAUUAUUUUCUGUGUGUGUUUUGUUUUGAUCAUCAUACCAGGAGCUAUUUGUUUUGGGUGGUGCACGUAAGAUUCAUUUCUGAUUCAUGUAACACUAUCGUUCACCACCACACACUGAGUAGGACUCAUUUUCCAGUACUAUGCUCUGUGGCAUCUGUCUUCUACCAUUGAAAACUUUACUGUAUUUCUGUGUCUGACCAAAAAUGACAAUUUACUUAAACUACCUAUUGUUUAAAGUUGCUGGUGAAUACUGAUUGCACCUAACCAUGGAAAGGUGGCAUGUAAUGCCAUAGGUAAUAACAAUUUUAAAAAAAAA